AUGUCCCCAUCAAACGAUGCGACCAGCGCGGGCUCGGAUCCUAGACCGGUGUUCUUCUUUGACAUAGAUAACUGUAAGCUGAUUCGUGAGUGGUACUUGCAAUUCACACAUAUGGAGGCGGGACUAACCAAAUACCGUUCUAUUACAGAUCAAUUUUUCGUGAAACACCUCUCCCUCAACGGCGAAGACGCUCAUAUGCUGCACAAGAAAUACUACACAGAGUACGGGCUCGCAAUUGAAGGUCUCACUCGCCACCACAAAAUCGAUCCGCUUCAAUUCAACAGCGAAGUCGACGAUGCGCUGCCGUUGGACAGGAUCCUGAAACCCGAUCCCCAGCUGCGCAAGCUGCUCGAAGACAUCGAUAGGAGUAAAGUGAGGUUGUGGCUUCUGACCAACGCAUAUGUCACUCAUGGAAAACGGGUCGUGAAAUUGCUGGGAGUGGAUGACCAGUUCGAGGGCAUCACCUUCUGCGACUACGGGCAGCUCCCUCUGGUCUGCAAGCCAACACAGGAGAUGUACGCUAAGGCGGAGAGGGAGGCAAAUGUCCCGAGUACGGCAGAACGCUAUUUUGUCGAUGACUCCGGUUUGAACUGCAAGCACGCCGCGGCUCGCGGCUGGCAGACGGCCCACCUCGUUGAGCCAGGGCUUCCUUUGCCUGAUGCCCCGGUGUCGCAAUAUAUGAUCCGGAACCUGGAAGAACUGAGGACAUGCUUCCCACACUUAUUCAAGACUUCGAACUGA